CUCCAGCCUCCUAAUUGAUGGCUCCUUCGUUUCAGAGGCGAGAGUCGUACGAGCUCGUCUGAGCUCGUGCGCUGCUCAUGUUCUCCUCUCGCACUUUGACAUACACAAUAAUCGCACCUACUUCUCGACCUACUACUUGGUACUUGCCAUUUUGGCACGAUGUUGCGCGAGCUGUCGUUCGUGGCCGAAGCCCCUCGACCGAUCAUUUCCUCCCUUUGGCUUGUCUGCCUUACCCUCCGCAUCGUAAAGUCAGUCGGAGGUAACGGCCAUUCCCGGCGCGAGACC